AUGCAAGUUGAAUACUUAGAUCAAUCAUGUCAAUUGCCAUUCCAUGUAGUCCAGACUAAGGGUCCAGUGUUAAUGGGUCGAGAUUGGCUUCACAAGCUUCGCCUCGACUGGAAAACCAUUAAGUUGUUGAAAUCCUCAGAUUCCAGCCAUAGAAACCCUGGCACGACUACACAAGAGAAGCUGAAAAACCUAUUGAAUACGUAUGCAGAGGUUUUUGAAGACAAGCUGGGAACUUUCAAAUCUGCCAAAGCAAGGAUAACUCUCAAAGAAGGUAGUCAACCACAGUUUCGCAAAGCUCGUCAGGUCCCAUAUUCCUUACGACCGAAAGUGGAGGAAGAACUGAAGAGACUUCAGAGCGAAGGUAUUUUGUCGAAAGUAGAGUGGAGUGAUUGGGCGACACCGAUUGUACCAGUGCCGAAACAAGAUGGUUCAGUCCGUAUUUGUGGUGACUUCAAAGGUACUAUUAACCCAACACUGCAAGCAGAACAGUAUCCUCUGCCUCGAAUCGAAGAUAUAUUUGCCCAUUUAGCUGGUGGGAAAAAGUUUUCCAAGAUUGACCUCCGCCAAGCUUACCAUCAGAUUGAGCUGGAGGAAGAAUCCAAGAAGUACCUUACAAUUAAUACGUCCAUGGGCUUGUUUCAAUACAAUCGAUUGGUGUUUGGUAUUACCUCAGCUCCCGCCAUUUGGCAGCGUACCAUGGAUCAGAUUCUGGAAGGAACUUCUGGUAUUAGUUGUAUCCUAGAUGAUAUGAUUGUGACGGGUAAAAGCGACGCAGAGCAUAUGGCUAACCUGGAGGAGGUCCUUCGACGGCUGGACGGCUGCACCACCAUGGGUUAA